AUGGCUCAAGAAGGAAUUGAGGCUGCGCGAGAAAAGAACAGACACUAUUAUGCCAAACAUAGAGACACACUCUUACAAUGGUGGAGGAUGCAUGGUGUAAAGAAAUGUGAUAAGGAAGCAGAGGUGAUAACAAAAGAGAUAUUGAGAGCUGUGGAAAAAACAUUGCAUGGCCAUGACGACAAUGAGUCUGAAUCAGACACUGAUAAUUCGAGUGACGAUGAUGAAAUUGACACACUAUCUGAUCUGCCAGCAUGCUUACACACUAUCAAAACCACCAAGGAUGACAUGCUCGUAUUGAUUGGUGCUGACCCCUGUGAGUUUGCCAAGGACAAGUUGGCUGAGUAUGUCAAGAGCAUCCCAGAUGAUUGCAGUGCUAAGGGUGAUAUUUGUAUCAUCAUGAACUCAAUCAGUGAGAUUGAAAAUAUACUCAAGCGUGUCAUUGCUGCACAAGACAAAAUCCUAAAUUUCUGUGGUCUCUCACCUGAGUGGCAUGCCGCUGACACAGUUUCUCAAUUAUUGAAGACUACAGUCGCAUACUUGGAGGACAUUCAGCUUCUUGAAAUGUCCGGAGGAGUUGUGGAGCUUACGACAGCACAAUGGUUGGGAGAGCUAAUGUAUCAGAAGGGAGUCAAAAUUUGA